AUGGCGGCACCACGGAACUUAACCGGCGACGGCGGCGGAAAGCUGCUCGUGAAGGACGAAGAAAGCGCAGCCGCGUCGUCGGCAGCUAAAGGAAUCAUCAACGAUGACUCACCGACAGGUAAACGCACCAAAUCGGAGCGAUUUCCGCUCUCACGGUGGGAAUUCGCCGUGUUCUUCACCGUCUUUCUCGUCUUCACCACUGGACUUCUGUGUAUUUACAUCACCAUGCCCGCCGCUGAAUACGGCAAGCUCAAACUUCCCAGGACUAUCUCCGAUCUCCGAUUACUCAAGGACAAUCUUGGGUCUUAUGCAAGUGAGUACCCAGCAAAAUUCAUACUAGGUUACUGCUCGACAUAUAUCUUCAUGCAAACCUUCAUGAUACCUGGAACAAUCUUCAUGUCACUGCUCGCCGGAGCUCUUUUCGGCGUAGUCAAAGGUUUCGUUCUUGUUGUCCUCAAUGCGACAGCUGGAGCGUGUUCUUGUUUCUUCUUAUCUAAAUUAGUCGGAAGGCCUCUGGUUUCCUGGUUGUGGCCUGAAAAGUUGAGGUUUUUUCAAGCAGAGAUUGCGAAGAGAAGAGAUAGGCUGCUAAAUUACAUGCUGUUCUUAAGGAUAACACCAACACUUCCAAAUCUCUUCAUCAACUUGUCUUCUCCAAUUGUUGACAUACCUUUUCACGUCUUCUUUUCGGCAACUCUAGUCGGUCUUAUGCCAGCUUCGUACAUCACCGUUAGAGCUGGUCUGGCUCUUGGAGACCUCAGAUCAGUAAAAGAUCUUUAUGAUUUCAAGACUUUGUCUGUUCUUUUCCUCAUUGGAUCUAUCUCCAUAUUUCCUGCUCUCCUAAAGAGAAAGAGAGUAUAUGAAUGA